CUUGCCAGCGGACUCAAGGCUCAGCCAGCUUCUCAUGAACUGAUACUGAUUGAGUAAUUUCUCACAAAAUAGAUUGAACUUCAGAUUUCAAGGAGAUGACCAUGAUGACCACUUGACUGACAUUGAACGCGUUUUUGUUUGCUGCCAUGAACUCCGUCAGAAGCCUAACUCUAAUCUGUCUGUGUGUACAGCUUCUGGGUUCAACUGCCUCUGCCAGUAACAGCCUGUGGGGUAAGAAGGUGGUGUUCAAGGGGCGUCGGUGUAUAUGGCAGCUUCAACCAGAUACAGUGGUCCCGGCCCUCAAGGAGCUGAGUGUUUGUGUGCUUUUACGCCGCACCAUUAACACAGACUGGACAGGUUUUGACUAUAAAGCACCAGGGGGGGGACACACAGAGCUGGGACUUGCGGGCACAGAUACACAGCUGACAGUAUGGCUGUUUGGAGAAAAACACAGCUUGAAAAGUAAUUUGAAAUUGCAUGAAUGGUUCAAUGUCUGUUUCACCUGGUCUGGCCAAACUCAGAGGCUGCAGAUCUACAUUAAUGGAACUAGUCAGCUUGAGACCUCUGUGAGCCUCAUUCGACCCCAUCUGGCCCCAAACGGGACUCUCACUCUGGGGGUGGCUCAUUUUAAAAACAUAAAUGAUGAGGUGCAGCUGGAGACUGGGAAGGAACUGUUUGGUGAGAUUGGUCUGUUCAGGAUAUGGGCCAGAGAAUGGAACGCUGAGGACCUGAGGGGGCAGAGCUGUGCAGACGGAGACGUGGUGAGGUGGGAUCUGCAGCAGUGGAAACAUGACUGCCCUCCUGAGCUUAACAAUGACAUACAUUGUGCAUGGUCACGCUACAAAAUCAAAAUGUGGACAUUCAUUGGUCACUCUACAAAGCCUGGAAAUUGUUCAGUCUCACUAGAGGAAGUCACAAGAAACUGGUUGGAGAGCAUUUUCCCUCGCAACAUAUCUGUCCAUAACAUCCUGGUGUCAUCCCCAAGCCGUACCUGCCAUGUGGUUAAUAAUUUUGCUGCUCUACCUGCGCAACAACCUCAGGGAUCAAGGGCAUUGCCUGACUCCACCUUUGAUAAGUGUUUCAGAUGUGAAGUCUACGUGAACGUGGAUCCUGCUGCUAAUGUAGAAGUGGUUCAGGUGAACAUUGCCUCAUUGCUGAGUUUGAACUUCUCUUACGACUUCCUCAACCUGACAGCUGACCCUAACAGCAUCAGCAUACUACCUGUGGAGUUACUCCCUGCAGUGCCAGAACCACAGCCAACUGUCAGCACUGGUGCACCGACGUCAGUAACAGGUCCAACUCAAAGCCUGCCAGGUCGACCUGCUAACAUGUCAACAACAGGAGAUCCUCUAGAUGUCAACGAGACUGCUGUUGGACCAGAUACAUUCUUCAGAGUUAAUCUGACCUUAAGUAUGACUGGCAGCCCUGCAAAUCCAGAGGAUAUUAUUGAGAAAUGGGUGAAAAAACAGCUGGAGGUGAAUGAGACCAUGAGUGUGCUAAAUCUCAUCAUAAAGGAGAAUGUUGGAAGGAACGUGGAGCAGUACAAUGGACCGAUGAUUUUCCACGGCCAACAAAAAAAAUACUACUGCACCUUCCACGUUCAGGAAUACAACAUAAACAGUGUGGCAGAAAUUAAAGCCGUUAUUAAUGCUGCAUUAUUAUCAAAGUAUGAAAAUGACUCCAUUGUUAUUCAACCUAUAGAUGUGGCGAUCAAGCACAUAGAGCCAGCAAACUGUUUAGAAGAAACCACUUCAACAAUCUAUGGACUAUACAUUUGGCCUGAAGCAUUUCCACAAAUCAACCAAGACAUGGGAUGCGAAAAGCCAAAAUUAGAGAGAGGCUUCAGGCUUUGUAAGUUAGACAUUGAAACUGACAUGACCAGCUGGGCUGAUCCUGAUAUGAAAAAUUGCAGCCCACUUUUGACCAUAUCAGACCUUGACAAUAUCCCUGUCACUACUGAUAACGCGGCUGAGGUUGUGGACAUGAUUCAGGAUCUUAUAGAUGUUCAGUUAGGUAACAAUGCAGAGCUCUCUCCCUCUGAGCUGGAUACAGUGGUAGAGAAGCUCCGUGAAGUGGUCAAAAUCAGCACAAUCAAACCUGCUGUUGGUGCCAAAAUCAUCAAUAUUAUUGCAAAUAUUCUGCUUUCCAAAACUGACAUCACUCCAGUGGCUAGCACUGUCCUUCAUCUGACAGAUAGAAUGGGGAACAAUAUGGAUUUCCAAGAUGAAUCUGCCAGUAUAACAGCACCCUCUCUGGCCCUGUCCAUGUUCAAUGUAGAUCGAAAUGAAUUCAGUGGCCUCACCUUUGGUGUCUCCUCUGUUUCUUCCAUCAUGAAUCCAGAGAUUUUUGUCAACCAGAACUUUGUGAGUGAACCGCUCCCUGAGACGAAUGCAACUAUCUCUUUGCCUUCUGAACUCCACAACUUUUUCCCUCCCGGAGAAAGAAAUACAACUCGUGUCCAGUUCCAGUUCUUUGGAACAGAUGACCUUUUUCAGGACCCACACAUAACCAAUGCACCACAGAGUAGCUUGACCAUAAAUUCCUAUAUAGUAUCUGCCAGCAUCAAUAACAGCCAUAUCAGCAACCUAAAGGAGCGAGUGGUGGUGACCCUCCGCCACCAAACACCCAAACAGCCAGAAGACAAUGUGCAGUGCAUGUUUUGGGAUUUGCAGAAAAAUGGUGGGCAGGGUGGUUGGAACAGCAGAGGUUGUAUAACCCAAAGUAUUUCUGCUUAUCGGACCAGCUGUCUCUGUGAUCAUCUCACACAUUUCGCUGUGCUCCUGGAUGUAUCCAGAACACCCAUCAGUGAAGCUGACAGCCAGAUUCUGACAGUGAUCUCAUAUCUCGGUUGUGGUAUAUCCUCCAUCUUUCUGGGCAUCACUCUUCUCACCUACCUUGCUUUUGAGAAGCUGCGUCGAGACUACCCAUCUAAGAUACUCAUUAACCUGUCAGCUGCCCUACUGGGGUUGAGCAUGCUCUUCCUUCUGGACUCCUGGCUCUCAUCCUUCUCCAACUACAGUCUGUGUAUUGCCACUGCUGCAACGCUGCACUACUUCCUGCUGGCUUCUUUCACCUGGAUGGGCCUGGAGGCUGUGCACAUGUACCUCGCACUGGUCAAGGUCUUCAACAUCUAUAUUCCCUCCUACAUCCUCAAGUUAUGUGCUGUAGGAUGGGGUAUUCCUCUGGUCGUAGUUAGCCUGGUGCUGGCCAUAGAUAAAGAUGCUUAUGGCAGUGUGCCUGAAGAGGCUGCAGUGAUGCUUCAGUCCAAUGACCAAUUCUGCUGGCUGCAGAAUGACAUCUUCUUCUACGUGACUGUGGUGGCAUUUGUCCUUCUGAUCCUGUUGUGCAACAUCUCUGUGUUCAUCGUGGUUCUGAUCCAAAUCAGACAUAUGAGGGCCAAUAAGCGGUCAGCAAACAGCGCCAGCUCCUUGCAUGACUUAAGGGCUGUGGCCAGUCUCACCGUCCUCUUAGGCCUGACGUGGUUACUGGGCUUUUUUUCUUUUGGGCCAGGCAGAGUGUUCCUGAUGUACCUGUUCUCCAUUUUUAACAGCUUGCAGGGGUUCUUUGUCUUCUUGUUCCACUGUUUGAUGAAGGAAAAUGUGAGGAAACAGUGGAGAAUCUACUUGUGCUGUGGACGUUUCAAACUCAGUGAUUACUCAGACUGCAGCCGCUCUGUGACAGUGGGUGGUCACUGCAAAAAGAACCAUCUUGUUAACUCUGACUCAGUUGCCUCUGACAACACCUCCACCAUCAGGAAGAUCUCUGACUCCUCUACAGGAUCAGCACCAAACCACCAACAGGGGGCAUGAGCGGGCCUCUGUAUGUGCCAUUCUGUACAACGCUCCCUUUCAAGGCCCAUUGAGCAAUCACAAACAGUGACAGCCGAAAAUAGAACAGCUACAUGUCUGUGAUGGACAGAGAAAGAUACAAAAAAA